UAGAAAACGCUGCCUUUAUGUUCAUUUACAGCCAGAACUCCCUUAUCAGGCACUUUAAAGCCCGUUAUGCUAUAAGAGCUCACAGUAGAACACCUAACAAACAUCCAGUCAGUAGUAAGCUCACUGGAAUCAUAUCAUACAUCAUUGCAUACCCAUCAUGUCCCAAUACGCCGCCACAGCAAGGAUCGUCUCACGAGCCCCUCUUGCAGGAAAGGCCUUUUCCCCCGCCCUCCCAACUCUGGGUAGAGCAGCACCCCCAUACCAAUCCAAGUGGAAGCGAACAGCACCUGUGCCGCUUUCGGGGGAAAAUUUCCUUGAUGUUCUGUUUAACCGGACGCCUGUCAUCAAGCAGUCUGGCUUUCUUGGCCAUGAGGAGUGCUUUGCUCAUGAGAAGGCGUUGAGUCAUAGGAUUGCGCCGUAUAGGUAUUAUACUGGACCUCUUUUGCAGAGGGUUGGGUGUGCGCAGUUCGAGUAUCAGGCGCAAGCUGCCGCUGACUUUGAGAACCGUAAGAAUGAGAAGGAGGAAUACUUCAAGGUCGCACAGUCUCUGAGUGGGCUUCACCAAGAAGUUGCGGAUCAGACAGGAGUCAAUGCUUGGGAGAAGGUCAUUGGAACUCUUCGGGCAUUGCUACCCGACUAUGAGAUUGUUCGUGCUUCAGAAGGGCCGGGCAAGACAUACUUCUCAGGCAACUUCCGUGCUCUGAACGAUUCUACCUGUCUUCACUGCGACUGGACACCGUAUGAUGCUGCUACUGAGGACUGGAUCAUCAAUCAGGUCACCCACCAGGCCGUUUUCAACCUGUACAUGGCGCCUGUAAAGGGUGGCAGGACUUGGGUUCAUGACGUUGAGUGGAGUGAGGAGUGCCUCAACUUUCGAGAUCCCGACACGUAUGGCUAUCGUGAUGAGAUCAUUCACGGCCGCCAGAAUGUCGUAGUCAAGCCGGAGGUUGGUGACCUAUGGUUCUUCAACUCAAGGAACAUGCACCAGGUUGAGAAGGUUGAACCAGAGCCUUGCCCCGAGCUUAGCCUACCGUAUAGACCACGACUAUGUCUCAGCAGCUUCAUUGGACUUCUACCCGAGCACAAGACUGGAGGCCGUCCUCGAUUGAUAUUGUGGUCGUGAAGUCUUGCACUCAGGGAGCAGGUCGGGCCUGCCGCAUUCCCCACAGGUUCAUGCUGUGCUUAUAGCAAGUUGGUUUCAAAGGUUGCCACGUCUGAAAAGAUUAAAAGUCUUAAAGAAUCAUGGACAGCUAGCCCUCGUUAUUGGCAGAAUAGACCUCUGUCUGUGGAUUGAACUGUGCUACGAGAUGACGUUUAGUAUCACAUAAAUGGAGGGGCAGCGUAACCUACUGCUUCAGUCCCCUUGCAUGCAAGACGUACGUUGGACUUUCCA